AUGGAUAAGGUAUUGGGAAAUAAAGCCUAUGGUGGGCUUCCACCACAGACCCUAAGCCCAUUCAUUAAAGAAACUAGAACAUUAGAAGAUAUAGACUCGGCAGAAGAGAAUAUUUCGGGUUCCAUACAAAAGUCAAAACAGUGUCACAUUGUUGGAAUGAUAAAAUGGUAUUCGAGAAAAAAAAGUUUUUGUAAAAAAUGGAAGAAAGAGUUGGAUGAUAGGGAAGUUUUAAAAGAGAAAAAAAUUGAUGCUAUAAACAAUUUAGCAGAUGUCAUCAGAAGCUCUUCUCAUUCAGUGUGA